GGUAGUUUAUCGCUGAGGAUUAUUUUCCACGAACCACUCCAUGGGCUUGCGUACAAUCUUGAAAAAGCUGAAGCAGAAAGAACGCGAAGUUCGCAUUCUCAUCCUGGGACUUGACAAUGCUGGUAAAACCACCAUAGUGAAGAAGUUCAACGGUGAGGACAUCAAUAGCAUAUCGCCCACUUUGGGAUUUACUAUCCAAACCCUAGAACAUAUGGGGUACAAACUAAACAUUUGGGAUGUAGGUGGUCAGAAGUCUCUCAGGUCCUACUGGAGAAAUUACUUUGAGACGACAGACGCCCUAAUUUGGGUGGUGGACAGUACAGACAGGAUACGUCUGGGCGAUUGUCGUGAGGAAUUGGCCAAUUUGCUACAAGAAGAACGCUUGACCGGUGCCACUCUAUUGGUGCUUGCCAACAAACAGGAUUUGGCUUCCUCACUUCGACCCGCACAAAUCCGUGAAGCGCUGGGCCUCGAUGAGAUCAAAACGCACCAUUGGUGCAUCUUUGGUUGCAGUGCGGUAACAGGGGAAAACCUCCUUGAAGGUGUCAAUUGGUUACUUAAAGACGUUUCGUCACGAAUCUUUUCAGCAGACUAAUAUGUCGCUCCCGUUGCAAAAUGAGAAUACUCGUCUUUCGUUCCCACAUUUACGUGCAGUUUCCGUUCUAUCUACCAAUUUGUUGGUCAAGGAAAAUUUGCAUGUCAAUGCACAGUCUUGUAAUAAACGGUAUUCAACUCAGCUUCUAUUCACAUUAUUUCGCUUUGUUCGCGGCUUCAAUUGUUUGUCGGAUUUUCAUUGCAAAGAACUUUUUCCUAUUUUAAUGACUCCAUAGCUGAUGGACUGCUGUCUUUUAGACGCCGUGAUGUGUUCUUUCGCCGCAGAACUGUAGUGUCUAUCUGGAGAUGAAGCAUUAACCCUCACUUUUUCAAGUAGCUUAAAUAUAUUCAAACCUGCGGAUCCAAGUACCAGAAUUUUGUGGCUUAACGGUUGGUCACCUACGCGUUCUCACAGAGCAAAAUAUCAGGAUUCAAACUUUAUCCACUAUUUGCAUUUCCAUCGAACUACUUCACAUGCGCAUGUGGCAUUCAGUGAUUUCAAUCUGCU